UGUGAUGCCGGCAGUCGACUGCAGGGGGCGCUCGGCUUUGGGAGGUUGCUGGUUGACGGUUUUUUUUGGGAUUUUACGGGUUUUACGGGGAGUUUACGGGAGGUUCUGCACGCCGGGGACGGAAGUCAGGGAAACAGAGAAUUCGUGAUAAAAUGCCGAAGGAAAGGGGACUCGUAGUGCAAGUCUUGCGGAACUUCAUAGCCUCGUUCAAGCCAAGGAUGACUGCAAAAAAACUGGUGGGUGAGGAUUACAAUGGAACGAAGUACUACGAGGACCCGGAGGCCAAAGCCAGGAAAGGGCGGUCUUUUGUCCCUUACAACGAGGAUGAUUUCGAGCAGGAGCUUCCGGCAGAGUGGGAUGCUUGGCUGAGGUACAGGAGACAUGAGCCACCGAGUGAAGAGGAGGUCAACAAGAAUUACCAGAUGAUGAUGCUGAAGAAGAAAAAUGCAGCUGCUCUGGAGAAGCUUUAUGCUGAGGAAAAGGGAGUCAGUGUGGAGAUUCCCAAGCAGAAGACUGGCUUCGAGAGUUUUCCCACUUACGAAGAGUACAAACGAUUUGGUCAGGCCUAUUUGGACGAGAAACAGCGGAAGAAGGAGUAGAUUGAUGAGUGAAUAGUGAUUAUGAAAUUAUAGAGACAAUUGAGAUAGGAGUUUGGGUAAUUUAAUCACACGCUGUAUUAUAAAAAUUUUUACUGACAGGGGUUCAAUUGAUGUUAGUUUAACCAUCAGUAACUCGAGGAAAAGAAUUACGAGGUGUAGGAUCUACUCCAUUCAAAAGAGAUCCAUAAACGUGAAUAACUCCAUCAUUUCGUGAAAAGCGAUAACGUCUCUGUACUGAUACAUUAGGUGAUUCCAAUUAUGAGAUGAUGAUGCUGGGGAAAGGGGAUGCACUUUGGGAGAAGACUGGCCUCGAGAGUUUUCCCACUCACGAGGACUACAAAGGAUAUGGUCAGGGCUAUUUGGACGAGAAACAGCAAAAGAAAUAAAUUAAUGAGUGAAUAGUGAUUAUGAAAUUAUAGAGACAAUUGAGAUAGGAGUUUGGGUAAUUUAAUCACACGCUGUAUUAUAAAAAUUUUUACUGACAGGGGUUCAAUUGAUGUUAGUUUAACCAUCAGUAACUCGAGGAAAAGAAUUACGAGGUGUAGGAUCUACUCCAUUCAAAAGAGAUCCAUAAACGUGAAUAACUCCAUCAUUUCGUGAAAAGCGAUAACGUCUCUGUACUGAUACAUUAGGUGAUUCCAAUUAUGAGAUGAUGAUGCUGGGGAAAGGGGAUGCACUUUGGGAGAAGACUGGCCUCGAGAGUUUUCCCACUCACGAGGACUACAAAGGAUAUGGUCAGGGCUAUUUGGACGAGAAACAGCAAAAGAAAUAAAUUAAUGAGUGAAUAGUGAUUAUGAAAUUAUAGAGACAAUUGAGAUAGGAGUUUGGGUAAUUUAAUCACACGCUGUAUUAUAAAAAUUGUAAAUAUUUAUUAUAAUAGAGUGAAUUUACUACAAUGA